AUGGUGCAGGUACCGCCCCUGCCCUUCCCAACCCUGCUAAGCCACCUCCCACUACCACCACUACUCCCGUCCCACCUGAUGGUCUCCCUGGCCUUUCUCUAUCUCCCAACCCCUCCCCCACCCCCCCCUCCUGAGGGUCCACCCGUGCCCCCUCCCCCCCCACCCCAGCUCCCCACUGCCGUCACUAGCACCGGCCCUGCUGCUUUCAGCACCCCCGCACAAGGUGAGUGUGUCCCCCACCACCACCUCUGCAUCCCGUCCAUCUCUCCCAUCCCAGGACCUGUAUAUGUCUGUGUACCAGCAGGGUUGUUGUGACGUGGGCCGGUCGUUCUCCACUUGUGUUCUCCACUCCUGAGACCUUGUGUGUCUGCAUCAUCAGAGUUCCUCCAUCAGCCUCCCUCUCACUGUCUGAUCUGUCACUCUGUCUUUUCCUCUGGGUGUCUCUCUAUCUUUCUCAUUCCCUUCUUAGGGCAACUCUCUCCCAUCGAUCCCAGUCACCACCUGCAUGCCAUCCUCACACCUUGUGCAUGAGUUAAAUUGUCCUUGUGAUCUUACAGUAAGUGAUGUAACAGUUUAUGGCUGAAAGGGGUCUUUGACUUGAAAUAUGCCAUGAUGAUAAGACGUCUGAAUACCAAAAACAGCAAAGUGCUUAAAUCGAUCCCAUGAAUGAAGUGCAUCAUGUGACGGGAAACAGAAGUGAUUGAUAAGUUUAGUGACAUGGCUACACCGUACCAAAAUCUCUCUCUGGUUCCCCUUGCUGUCUGUACCCCAGGUGCCCCCCAGUUCUUCAGCAUGAACCGACCGGUGCAACCACAGAACCCUCCUGCGGUGGGGGGGUCUCUGCCGUACCGCCGGCCCGCGUCAGUGACGGGCCAGCCCAACUCCAACAUGCCCCUGGCCCUGGCCCUGAACCAGCCCAAUGGAGGACCCCACUUCAACCAGGUCCCAGGUAACAGCCUUGACCAGCAACAUAAUAUCACUCCUACCAGAACGCAAAUGGGCUUUUGUGUUUAGAGAUCUUUCUCAUUUAGAUUGUCUGCCUUUUAGAGCUUUCUUUCAUAUAUUACUGUCUGGUUUGGAUCCUUGAGCAUUUGGGUGCCAGGUCCAUCCUGUAACUCAUUUGUGGAAACAAAAUUUAUACCGGAACAAAUUAUUUCUGUUACUUGGCUAAGAGUUUAGUUAAAAAACAUGAAAUACAAGCUGAUAACGGUUUUCAGUUCUUGUGGAAGCAAACUGUCAUUUUGUGAGUUUCCAGAACCUCACUAGAGUAUUGAAUUCAUACAUGAAAACCCCAUUUGAUUUCAGCAGACAGGCGAACCUAUGGGAAGGCACAAAGCGCCUAACUCUCGGCAGCUCGCUGUCUUUUGUGAAAGGAUUUCUGCUCUUGAUUUAGCCCUUUUUAAUGCCUAGUCUGCCUACUGAUCUAACUGGCUUCAUGUUCUAAAUGCUAAUACCACCACGUCUCUCUCUGCCUUCCUCCUUUCUUUCCUGAUUACAAUCUGCUCCUCUUUUUCUUCUCUCUCUCUCUCUCUCCCCCUCUCUCUGCUUUUUCCUGUGGUAUGGUGUGUGUAUAGCAGGUCCUCUUGUUGCCCCCCCUCCCCCCUCCAUGCAGAUCACUCCCCAGCUCCCUCUGAUGGGCUUUGUGGCUCGGGUACAAGAGACCAGUAAGUGGCUUUUAGCUCCUCCGCCUUGUUGCCUCGUCUUCGCAGUGGCUCCCUCGUGCAUGCGUUUAUUUUACUCACGUAACGAGUAUUUUUAUCGUCGAUACUUCAAAGCUGAACUAUCCAUCAACUUCGAUUUACCUGUCUGAAAUAAACUUCUCGUCUGUGCACGUUGAAAUUGUGUUCUCCUUUCCCCCAGAAUUCUCUGUUUGUCUUUAUACACUUUCAGCAUGGACGCCCAAACAACCACUCCAGCCCAACGCCACACGCAUGGGAAUGCCAGUGUCAGUCAACAUGGAACUAACUAACCAGUGGAAUGUAGACAAGGUGGUUCCUGACUGUGUUGUUUCCCCCCAGUCUCAGACGUGCCCCCUCCCCCGCCCCCCGUAGAAGAGGCUGUGUUUGAGGAACCCACCCCGCCCCCUCCGCCUCCAGAGGACUAUGAGGAUGAUGAGGAGGAGGAGGAGGAAGAGUCGGCCGUGGUGGAGUACAGUGACCCCUACGCAGAGGAGGACCCCCCGUGGGCCCCACGCAUCUACAUGGAGAAAGGUAGCGAGCGGCUCUCUCUCUUCCACCCGGAUCUAACCCAUGCCCUGUCUACUUCUUCUGUUCUUCCCUCUGUCUUUCUGUCUUGCGCUCUCUCUCAUCUCCCUCCCUUGUGCUUUCUCUCUCCCUCUCUCCCCUUUCUUCUCCGCUCCUCUAACAUCCUCCUCUCUGAUUGGUGGACAGUGGUGGCGAUCUACGACUACGCGGCGGACAAGGAGGACGAGCUGUCCUUCAACGAGGGCGCCAUCAUCUACGUCAUCAAGAAGAACGACGACGGCUGGUACGAAGGAACGAUGAGCGGCACCACCGGCCUCUUCCCCGGGAACUACGUCGAGUCCAUCAUGCACUACGCCGACUGA